AUGCUUUCGCGUCCGCGUUACCAAUAUUUACGGUACCUAACCGUCUCAGAAAUCCUUGACGCAAAAACGAUGGCUCUACGUCUUGACCAGGGCCACUAUUUCGCAACUGAACUAGUUCACCUGAAGAACGGGAAGACGCUCCCACCGUCAUCCAAGCUGAACAACGUCUCCCCAUUUACUGACAACGAGGGCAUUCUUCGCGUUCGUGGCCGACUCGAACGAGGUGACUUCGCAGAAUUCCUCAAACAUCCAGUCAUUCUUCACUACGACAGCUCCGUCACCCAACUAGUCAUCACCGAGGCCCACAAUCGCAUCCAACACAAACGAAUCGAACACACGAUAGCCGCGCUACGCUCCGAAUAUUAUAUUCUCCGGUUUCGGCACACCGUUCAACGAGUGCUUUCCAAGUGCCUCAUCUGUCGCCACAAUCUCGCUAGUCCACAGAUUCCUCUAAUGGCUGCUCUUCCCGCAAAUCGACUACAAUCGCACUUGCCGCCUUUCACAUUAACGGACAUAGACUUUUUCGGACCCUAUGACGUAGUAAUUCGUCGGAAAUGUGAGAAACGCUACGGCGUAUUAUUCACGUGCAUGAUAACCCGUGCCGUGCAUAUCGAAAUGGCCUGUGCAUUGAACACGGAGUCGAUUCUGCUCUCCUUUUGGCGCUUCGCCAAUCGUCGUGGCUGCCGUAGUGAAAUACAAUCCGAUAAUGGCACCAAUCUCACGUCCGGCAGCCGAGAACUACAAGUGGCAUUACAAAGCCUAAACACGAAAGCUGUUGCAGACCGUCUUGCUAGACGAUCAAUCAAAUUGAACUUUAAUCCACCUGCUGCUCCACAUUUCGGCGGCUCAUGGGAAAGGCUCAUUCAAUCCACGAAAAAGGCACUCUCACACGUCUUGAAUGGACAAACUUUCACCGACGACUCUCUGUUUUCAGCCUUCGUUGCCGUAGAAAACCUGCUUAACGGUCGUCCCUUAACUUAUGUGGCUAUUGACCCUCGCGAGCCAGCGCCCCUUACUCCCAAUCAUUUUUGUUUGGACGCGCAAACAUUGAGCCUGUACCAGACUACCAAGCCACACGCCCAGUGGCGUCCAUCAAGACCUGGCACCGCAGUCAGACAAUCGCGAGCCACUUUUGGCACCGAUGGCUCCGCGAAUAUCUCCCUGAUUUGA